AUGUCUCUUGAAAUAGAGAACGAUCCAGGCUGGCAAUAUUUACGCUUAAACCGUGAACGCAUGACAAAAGAGCAAUCCAUGCCAUUUGACUCGAAGAAAGAUGUUUGGAUACCAGACAAGGAAGAAGGCUAUGUAGCAGCACAAAUUAUUUCCACCAAAGGCGACCUAAUUACAGUUAGCGUUGCUGGAAAAGAGAUAGUAGUGAAACAAGAUUCAAUCAAUCCAAUGAAUCCACCAAAGUUUGAAAAAACCGAAGAUAUGUCCAAUUUGACUAUUCUCAAUGACGCUUGUGUCCUGCAUAACUUACGUGCGCGUUAUAAGGAAAUGCUUAUUUAUACAUAUUCUGGUUUAUUUUGCAUUGUAAUAAAUCCAUACAAACGUCUACCUAUCUAUACGGAUUCUGUUGCUACAAUGUACAUGGGUAAGCGGCGAAAUGAAAUGCCACCACAUCUGUUUGCAGUAUCAGAUGAAGCAUACCGCAAUAUGCUUCAAGAUCAUGAAAAUCAGUCAAUGCUUAUUACUGGAGAAUCUGGAGCUGGAAAAACCGAAAACACUAAAAAAGUAAUUAGUUACUUUGCAUCAGUAGGUGCUAGUCAAUCACAAGCACUAAAAGCAAAUGAGAAAAAGGUUACGUUAGAAGAUCAAAUUAUUCAAACUAAUCCAAUUUUGGAAGCAUUUGGCAAUGCUCGGACUGUUCGUAAUAAUAAUUCAUCGCGUUUUGGCAAAUUUAUUCGAAUUCAUUUCUCAAAACUUGGCAAAGUAGCAUCUUGUGAUAUUGAACAUUAUUUACUCGAGAAAUCACGAGUUAUUCGUCAAGCACCUGGGGAACAUUAUAAACCAGAAUUAAAGUCAUUAUUGUUAUUGGAUCGACCAUUACGAGAUUACUGGUUUGUUGCGCAAGCAGAAUUAACUGUUGAUGGCAUGGAUGAUGCAGAAGAGUUUAAAUUAACUGAUGAAGCAUUUGAUACAUUGCAUUUUUCUGAGGAGGAAAAAUUAAAUUGUUACAAACUCAUGGCUGCUCAUAUGCAUAUGGGCAUAAUGAAGUUUAAGCAACGACCACGUGAGGAGCAAGCAGAGCCUGACGGAACUGAAGCCGCAGAAAAAGCAGCGAAAAUGUAUGGCAUUGAAACAGAAGCUUUACUGAAAGCAUUCACUCAUCCACGUGUGAAAGUUGGCACGGAAUGGGUAAAUAAAGGUCAAAAUGUAGAUCAAGUAAGCUGGGCCGUGGGAGCUAUGGGUAAAGCUAUUUAUGCACGUAUAUUUCACUGGUUGGUACGCAAGUGUAAUGCUACCUUAGAUCAGAAAGGCAGCAAUCGAGACUAUUUUAUUGGCGUACUUGAUAUUGCUGGCUUCGAGAUUUUUGACCUUAAUUCUUUUGAACAAUUAUGGAUCAAUUUUGUGAAUGAAAAGUUGCAACAGUUCUUUAAUCAUCACAUGUUUGUUCUGGAACAAGAAGAAUACGCCCGAGAAAAUAUCCAGUGGACAUUCAUCGAUUUCGGACUUGAUCUGCAAGCUUGUAUUGAACUGAUCGAGAAACCAAUGGGAAUCAUAUCGAUGCUCGAUGAGGAAUGCAUUGUCCCAAAGGCAACUGAUCUCACGUUAGCGCAAAAGUUGAAUGAACAGCAUCUCGGCAAACACCCCAAUUUUGAGAAACCAAAACCACCCAAAGGCAAACAAGCAGAAGCUCACUUUGCCAUGCGUCAUUACGCUGGCAUCGUACGUUAUAAUGUAAUGAAUUGGUUAGAAAAAAAUAAAGAUCCGUUGAAUGAUACUGUAGCUGCUUGUUUGAAAGCUUCAUUGGGAAACAGGCUUCUGAAUGAAAUUUGGGCUGAUUACGUGACCCAAGAAGAAGCAUCUCAUGUUGCUAAAAGUUCCCAGAAGAAAAAAGGUAAAUCCGGAUCAUUCAUGACAGUGUCAAUGCUAUAUCGAGAAUCCCUCAACAAUCUCAUGAAUAUGUUAUACAAAACUCAUCCACACUUUAUUCGCUGUAUUAUUCCUAACGAAAAAAAGAAAUCGGGGUUACUUGAUGCUGCAUUAGUAUUAAAUCAACUAACUUGUAAUGGUGUUUUGGAAGGAAUCCGAAUUUGUCGUAAAGGAUUUCCAAACAGAACUAUUUAUGCUGAUUAUGUGCAACGUUAUGCUAUAUUAUGCGCGGAUGAAUCAAAAUCAAGUUCCGAUCCAAAGGAAUGCACAAUUAAAAUGCUCCAACGUUUGGUAGAUGAAGGCUUUUUGAAAGAAGAAAUGUUCAAAAUAGGACUUACUAAGGUAUUUUUUAAAGCAGGUGUAUUAGCCCAUCUAGAAGAUCUUCGCGAUGAAAGACUUUCGCAAAUUCUUAGCGCAUUACAAGGAAGAAUUCGAUAUUUCUUCCAACAGAUUGAUCUAAGAGAUAGGCAGCAAAAGUGGGAAGCAGUUCAGUUAAUCCAGCGAAAUGCACACAUAUACUAUGAUGCCAUAACUUGGGUUUGGCUGAAAUUAUUUCUUAAUACGAUGCCAAUUGUACGAGAAAGUAAAUUAGAAGAAACUUUCGGACAACUUGAAGUCAGUAUCAAUGCGUCAGAAGCGUCAAUAGCUAAAAAACGUGAUGAAACAAACGCGUUGCAAAAAAGAUUAGAAUUGCUUCAGGCAGAACGUAGCGAAUUAUUGCUAGAGAUCAAGAAUUCUAGAUCAGGAAAUUUGGAAACAGAAGAACAAAUUGAAAAAUUAGCGGCAGAAAAUAUUGAACUUGAAAAUGUGUUGGACUUGGCAAAUAAUAAAUUAACUGAAGAAAAACAACGCACCGCUGCUGAAAUUGAAGCAAGAAAGAAAAUGGAAGCAGAUUUAGAAAAUCUACGUGGAAUGACACAGAAUAUUGAAUUGGGAAAAAGAAAGAGUGAGGCAUUGAAGAUCACGCUUGAUAAUCAGAUCAAAGCAUUGAAGGAGGAAAUUCAGCAGCAGGAUGAAACAAUUACAAGAAUAACGAAGGAGACGAAACAUCAAGAAGAUUUAUGGAAGAGACUUGAGGAUAAUGUAAGAUCACAAGAAGAACGCAACAGUCAGAAUGAUUCUAUAAGAGAAAAAUUGAGAAAAAUGCUUCAGGAGUGCGAAGAGCGAUUUGAACAUGAAAAAUGCGUUCGAGAUGAAGCAGAAAAAGCUAAACGAAAAGUUGACGGAGCACUUAGGAUCGCUCAUGAAACACUAGAAGAAAUAGAAAAACAGAGACGUGAUUUGGAAAACAAAUUACGCAGAAAAGAAGCAGAUGUACGUGCAACAGAAAUACGUAAGGAAGAGUUAGAUGUAGCAGUAGUUCGAAUCCUUAAAGAAAACAAGGAAAAUGAUGCUAGAAUAGAAGAACUUGAAGCAGUAAUUGAUGCAGAACGUCAAGUACGUGAGAGAAAUGAACGAAAACGUUUUGAUCUACAGCGUGAGUUAGAUGAAAACACAACUCGCUUAGAAGAGCAAAGUAUUGCAAAUGGUCAGCAAGUUGAAACAGGAAAAAAAUUUGACGCUGAAAUUGUUAAAUUACGUCGAGAACUGGAAAAUGUUAAGAUUAAUGAAGAAACAGUUAUUGCAAUGGCACGAAAGAAAAAUUCAGAUGCUAUAUCUGAACUAAAUGAUCAAAUUGCGCAAGUGCGAGCGAAAAUUGCACAAUCACAAAAUGAUCGUACUAAUUUACGACAACAAAUCGAUAAGCAAAAUAAUCAGUUAGAUUCAGUAAGCAAAGAGAGAUUAGAUUCUGAAAGAAAAGUGAAGGAAGAACAAGAAUUGCUUGCCGAUUUGCAAAUGAAAUGUGAUGAACAGUUACGAACAUUGGCUGAUUUAACGACACAACGUAAUCGCUUACUCAAUGAAAAUGAGCAGCUGAAGCAGUCGAUACAUGAAGAAAAUGAGCAGAUUAAUGCAUUUACAAAAAACAAAGCACAAUUUGUCACUGAAAUUGAAGAAGCUGAACAUCUGGAAAGUAAACAGAGCAGCGAAUUGCAAAAUGUAUCUACAAACGUUAAAAAUAUGCAACGUGAAUUAGAUCGUUUACGUGAACUACUGGAUGAUAAAUUAGAAGAAAAGGCAAUGCUAAGUCGACAAAUUAGCAAAGCAGACUUAGAAAUUCAGCAGUUAAAAGCAAAGCUAGAUGAUAAUGGAAUGGUUCCAAUGGAAACAAUAGAAGACGUGAAACGUAAGCAAGAAUCGGACGUAGAACAUCAGUUAGCAAUAAUAACUCCGCUAGAAAGGAAGCAAAAGCAACUGGAAACAGAACUGGCGAACUGGAGACGUAAAGAAGACGACUUGAACAAAGAGUUAGAUAGUGCUCAACAAGAAAGUCGAAAUGUUUCUCUGGAAUUAUUCAAAGAGCAGAGCAAAAACGAUAAUUUAUCAGUGAAUUCUAAUGCAGCACAAUUAACACAUGGUAUGGAUAUGAUGAUUCAUCGUUUGCAAAGCGAAAAAGUCGAACUUCAGCAGAUGCUUGAUGAAACAGAAGCUGCACUAGAAGCUGAGGAAAUUAAAUUUGCUCGGAUAAUGACUGAAAUAAAGCAGAUAAAAUCUGAAGCUGAAAAACGGAUUCAAGAAAAAGAUGAAGAACUUGAAAAUGUUCGCAAGAAUCUGCAGCGUAAUUUGGAAGCUAUUCAGGAAUUGAGCAUAGCAGCAGAACACGCAAAUAAGGCAAAUCGCGACACAGAGAAGAAUCUGAAACGUUACGCAGAAAAAGUAAGUGAACUUCAAGUUGCGAUCGAUGAAGAACAACGCCUCCAUGAAGAGAGUCGAGAAAAUUUCAACUUAGCCGUGAAAUCUUUAAAGGCAGCGCAAAGCGAGAAGGAGCACAAUGUUGCUAAAAUGCAGCAGAAUGAAAUUAGAGAAAUAACCGAAGAACUCCAGAAAUCGCAAGCAGAGGCGAAAGCAGAAAGUUUGAACGCAGCACGCACAUCUGAACAGCUUCUUCAAAUCCAAACACAAAAUCAGAGCUUAGAACGAGUAAAUAAAAGUCUAGAAAUGGAAAUUAAGGAUUUACAGAGUAAAAUUGACGAUGCAGAAAACGUGAUCGUACGUGGAGGACACAAAAUAGUUGAAAAAUUAGAACAAAGAAAGAAAACUCUAAAUAUGGAGUUGGAGAAUGAAAAAGAACGAUAUCAAGAAGCACUUAAGAAUGUAGCAAAACAAGAACGUAAACUGCAAGAGAGCGAAUUUCAAAUUGAUGAGAACAAGAAAAAAUUUGCAUAUAUGCAUGAAAUGAUUGAAAAAUUACAAAGUAAAGUAAAAGAGCAAAAAAGACUAAUUGAAGAAAAAAUAGCUUUAGAAGAUGUAGAAGAACGAGCUCAGAUCGCAGAGAAUAACCUUCAAAUAAAUCGUACUAAACGUCAAGCUACAACUGUUUCGUGA